AUGUUCCCCGCCUCGUUUGUCGCCUUUGUCGCUGCUGCCCUCGUUGUACGCGCUGCUCCGCUCGAGAAAAAGGGUCUCGCACAGGUCAUAAGCAACUGUAAUCACGACUUUGCGUAUACUUGGGACGAUGGACCAUACACCGCCCAUCGUGACAUUAACAGUGCCUUUAACCGAAACAACGGAAAGACUACCUUUUUUAUGAAUGGCGACAACUGGUCGUGCAUCUACAACGAAGAUAAUGUCCAAGCCAUCCGUCAGUCAUUUGAGCAGGGACACAUGCUCGCCUCGCACACCUGGUCACAUGCCCACCUCACCCAACUCAGUGAUGCCCAAAUUGACUACGAGAUCCAGCGCCUCGACGAAGCCUUUGUCAAGAUUGUGGGUGUCAUUCCAAAGUUCUUGAGGCCACCUUAUGGUGACAUCGACGAGCGGACCGCGUCGUACAUCCAGCAAAAGCACGGCAAGACCAUUGUCCUCUGGUCAGACGAUUCUGGAGACUCGACCGGCGGCUCAACCCAGCAGUCAAUCAAUUUCUAUAAUACAUUUGCGAAUGAGAACCCCAAGCGUCCUCAUAUGGCGCUCUCACAUGAGACUGAGCCAUCGGGUUACAACGCCAUGUACUCGGGUACCGUCGACAACUUGGCCAGCCACGGCGUCCAACUCGUUACGGUAGCUCAAUGCCUCGAUACUGAUGCGUAUAUCUAUGUUGGCGGAUACCAGCAGCGUGACUCGUCCUGGUACUGCGGUGGUUCAUGGACACCGUCACCUGGUGGAGGAACGUGUGUGCAAACAUACACUUCCAAGGUCGGUGAUACAUGCGCAAGCAUUGAAAGCCAGUUUGGCCUUCCAUCCGGCUCGAUCUUAGCAGCCAACUCUUUCUUGAACUGCAACGAUAUCUGGGUGAACACGCCAAUCUGCAUUCCUCGAGGAGGCACGACGACAACUCGAACGUCGACCACGAGCCCCUCAACUACUCGAACUAGCACGAGCUCGACGCCUGCGCCGACCUGCGUUCAGACGUACACCUCCAAGGCCGGUGACACAUGUGCGAGCAUCGAGGGUCAGUUCGGCCUCCAGUCUGGCUCAAUCUUGGCUGCCAACUCGUUCUUGAACUGCCAAGAUAUUUGGGUGAACACGCCAAUUUGUAUCCCUCCCGGAGGCUCAACGACGACCCGUACUACUACGACGCCUACAAGCACCAGCACCAGUGGACCUGCACCGACCUGCGUCUCUACGUACACUGCCGUCGCCGGUGAUACCUGCGCGAAGAUUGAGUACAACUAUGAGCUACCGGCAGGCUCGAUCCAAGCUGCUAACCCAUCUUGGCUCAAUUGUGCGGAUAUCUGGGCUUACACGCCAAUCUGCAUUCCUCCUGGCGGAUCGGGAUGCACCCUCAAGAUCUCUACGGCUUCGACUGACAGGACUUGUGCAGCUGUGGCUUCUCGCUAUGGAACCACGGCCGCUCUGAUUCAAGCCUGGAAUCCAAGCUGGCUCAACUGCAAUGAUGUGUGGCCCAACACCCCGCUUUGUGUGAGACACUAA